UCAGAAAAUGAACAAAAUUAGUUAAAAAAAAAAAAAAAAUCCGCAGAAAAGGAACACGGAACAGCUUGGCGAGUCGAAGUUUUCAAACACUGGCGCCGCCUCCGUUAGGCUGCGUCCCAAUUUGUUUUCUUACGCUUCCUUUCUGUAGUGAGGACUGUCUUUACAUCUUACAUAAAUUAUAUGUAAUACAUCAAUUUAAUAAAAAUAAUUAAAUACAAAUUCCUCUUCGGUAUGUUGUUGUUAUUAAAGCUUUCAAAUGAACCUUGUAGGAGAGUAGGAAAGAUAGCCAAAAAGUAGAUCGAACCCUGACUUUCAAACAACGAGACGUCAUUUUCAUGCGCCUUCACAGAUUGUUGCUAUGGAUACUCAGUUUGUUUAUGCGCUGGGGAGUUUAUCAAUGGCCUCACAAACGCAAAUAGAAGUCGUUGGCAUAAUUAAAGACCCAAAUUUCCAUGCUGCCAGAAGUAUAGCCGAGGUACUCAAACAACGGUUUCCUAAUGAUUUUUUGGAUCCAGAAAUUGUGCCACUUCUUGAAUUUGACUGGCACGAAUACCUAUGGAAGAAGAAACGGGAGCUGCGUGGUGAUGUGUGGGAGUAUCCCAGCAAUGUGAUAUGCUUCCUUAAUGGCGUUCUCCUCGGUAAUGAAAAGCAACUCGCCAGCUGGGCAGAAAAUCAGUGGAAUUUCACCCUCACUCAUCCAGAGGAUUUCUAUACGGCUAUCACUGAGGAGUGCUACGCCGAACACCUUCAGAAAACUGGACAUAAGUUUGUCUUCAUGGAUAUUGUUGUAGCAGGAGAGGAUCCUCGGAGGAUAAGUUUUGAGCUGUUCUCCGAUCUGUGUCCAAAGACAUCAGAGAACUUUGAGGCUCUGUGCACAGGAGAACGAGGAAAGUCACAGAGCGGUCUCCCACUCCAUUACAAGGGCUCUCUGUUUCAUCGCAUUGUGCCCAAUGGCUGGGUGCAAGGUGGAGAUAUUUCUCCUCAUAGUAGAGGUAAUGGGGGCGAGUCAAUCUAUGGACCAACUUUUGAAGAUGAAAGUUUUGCUAUUUCCCACUCAAAACGGGGCACUCUGGGAAUGGCCAACAAGGGUCCCCACACCAAUGGAUCCCAGUUCUACAUCACCUUGCAGCCGACGCCCUGGAUGGACAAAAACUAUGUUGCCUUUGGACAAGUGAUUGAAGGUGUAGAAGUCCUGAAGAAAUUAGAAGAGAGUAAGACUUUCAAUGAAAGACCCAAAUAUGAAUGUAGAGUGUCAGCUUGUGGAGUGUUACCAAUGUAACUUUACUUUUUGAUGCAGUAAAUUCAAAGACAAACUCA